CUACCUCUCCAUCCUCUGCUCUGGGAAUCAGGCCCUUGGGGGGAUUGAGCUCCUGUGAUGUGCUGCUGGGGAGUGGCAUUCUGAGGGCUGUGGGGACCCAGGUGCAGGUAAAAGCCCCACCUACCUUUUCCGCAUAGCCUCUGACCCUGUGUCUUCUCUUUCUCUUGCUUUCGCUGUCACUCCAGCUCUUCCCCUGCCUCACAGUGGGUCUGUCUUUCUUCCAUCCUCCUUCUACCAGCUGAGUUUAUUCUGUCUGCUCACCCACCUUUCUGUCAUAUUUUCUGCUGCUUUCUCAAAGGGAGCAGUUCCACCUGUCCCAGCUCUUUGCUCCCAGAACCUGGAACGUGGGUGAGUGGAACAAACCACCCUGGUGUCUCAAGGUCCCAGCCUCGAGGGAGGUCUGCUGUUCCCCCUCAACUCCCCAGUUUUCUUUGCUUUCUGAGCUAAGGGGUUGUCUGGGAGGGAAUUGCCAGCAUUCCCACCCCACUGCUGAUGAGUGGGAUGUUCUUGUGGACUAGUCCACGCCUUUCUUGCUGCCACCGGAGCCUUUGUUCUUUGCCUGGCCGCCUCCUGCUGCUGCAGAAGCCCUCUCCUAGCUCUUUCUUCCAGUCUGGCUUUGGGGACAUGGGAGGUGGCAAUGGGACAGCAGUAACUGAGUUUGUUUUGCUGGGGUUCUCAGGCUUUGGUUCCCUUCAGGGUCCUCUCUUUUGGGGGGUGCUGUGCAUCUACCUGGUGACCUUGCUGGGCAACUCCCUGAACCUCCUCACCCUGGUAGACCCUACCCUGAACUCGCCAAUGUAUUUCUUCCUUUGGCAUUUCUCCAUGGUGGAAAUCCUCUACGCCACAACCAUCGUGCCCAGGAUGCUGGCCGAUCUCCUCUCUUCCUGCCCCACCAUCCCACUUGCCAGCUGCUUCACCCAGCUGUAUUUCUUUGCCCUCUUUGGCAUCACUGAAUGCUGCUUGCUCACUGCCAUGGCCUAUGACCGCUACACAGCCAUCUGCCGGCCACUGCAUUAUACCACCCUGAUGAACCAGGGCGCCUGCGGGAGCAUGGUGGGCGCCUCCUACCUCAUGGGCAUUAUCACUGGCAUCACUCACUCCAUCUUCAUCUUCACUUUGCCUUUCCAUGGUGCCAACACAAUCCAUCACUUCCUAUGUGACAUGCUGCCUGUGCUGAGAUUGGCUAGUGCGAGCACCUUCUGGGGUGAAGUGGGCAAUCUUGCUGUCACGAUAGCCUUCAUCUUGACCCCCUUCUCACUGAUCAUAGCCUCCUAUGCCUGUAUCCUUGCUACCAUCCUUGGAGUUGCGUCAUCCCAGGGACGCCAAAAAGUCUCCUCUACCUGUUCCUCCCAUCUGUUUGUGGUCAUGCUCUUUUUUGGGACUGGAACUGUUGCCUAUAUGGGGCCUUGGGCAGGCUCCUCUCCGGACACGGACCAGAUCCUUGCCCUCUGCUACACAGUUGUCACCCCCAUUAACCCUUUUGUCUACACUCUGAGGAACAAGGAGGUCACAGGGGCAAUGAGGCUGCUCAUGAAGAGAUACCUUUGGAGCACUUGAUCCCCUGGGUUCUUGAAGACAAGUGCUUGAUCCUUGGAUACUUUCAAGGAGGAGGAGAAGCUGGGCCCCGCAGUCCCCAAGGGUCUGGUCUGCUCUGUGUGGUGUGUGGGCUCCCUGGCCUGCGCGGCUCGAGGGCUCAUGGCACUGACCAUCUGCUCAGGGCUCUGCUUCUGGGGCCUGUUCUUACGGCCUUGACUUCAGUGUCUGUAGGUGCAGAGGAGGGAAACACAGUUGAGGGAAGGUUGAGGUGGGAAGGCGGCUGUGUCCGUCUCGUGUGACGACUGAGCAAUUCCUGGUCUUCCCUGAGGUAGAUUCCUGGACCUUCCUGGGGCUGAUUCCUGGAGACAUCACUCUUCCUCCUUCUCCCAGACUCAUCAUUGCAAGUCUUUGUCUCUCACGUCUGCUGCCUCUGGUACAACAAGAGCUCCUUUACUCCAAGUCUGAGGUGGAUCCUGGCAGGAACAGGGGCUGGGAGUAGAUGGUCUGGCUUUGGCAGCUCAGACGCCAAGUCUUGCUGGGUGCUGCUUUGAGUCUGGAAGCAUCUGUCUAGUUACUUGGUUCCUGGCUUAAAACUUCUCCUCUGGGAUCCCUGAGAUGUUGAUAUUCUCUCCUUAGCUUCUUUCUCGUCUGCUGAAGGACUUGCUCUUCAUUUUCUCCUCUGGUCCUAGGGUAGAAGUGCACACACAUCUCUUUCCCUGACUCUGAUCAGAAGGUCCGAUCUGGCCCCUAGACUC